AUGGCUGCCAAAAUGUCAGUCGCAAACACCCGAUGCUUCAGCGACGUCACAGCUACUGACCAGAUCAGCUUCGUUUUCGGUAGCAUUAAUGGCCAGCUCCGGUCUGCAUUCGGCAAACUCUCAGCAUUGCACACCAAAAACAAUUUCAGCUUCGCAGUUGUAACGGGGAAUCUAUUUGGCGAGGCGCAAGAUGAUGACCAGCUCACUGACCUACUCGGGGGGCGCAUCGAUGUCCCAUGCCCUACCUACUUCACGGUAGGCACUGCAUCGUUACCCCCGCAAGUCGUUGAGAGGAUCGAAAAAGAGGAGGAAGUUGCACCCAAUCUCCAUUAUCUGGGCAAACGCAGCGUCACAAAAACCUCAGAAGGCGUGCGCAUCGUCGCCUUAGGUGGUGUGGUAGACCUGAACAUUGUGGCCGGUCUAUCCAAGGACCAGCAUGAGCCCAUCCAUACGGAAGGGGAUGCCAAAGCCCUCCGGGGAGCCAACAAUGCAGACAUCCUUCUCACUACUAUGUGGCCCACGGAUGUCUGGAAGAAUAGUUCCAAAGCGAAAGAGCUGAAGAUUGGCUCAGAAACGGCAUCUUCCAGUCAAACCAUCGCAGAGCUCUGUGAAGCCCUGAAACCCAGAUACCACUUCGCCAUGUCGCCCGACAACUUCGCCUUCGAGCGGGAGCCGUUCUUUCCCGAUGCUGCAGGCGAAGAUAAGGAGAAAGGCAUUGCCCUUACGCGCUUCAUCUCACUGGCACCCUGGGCGAAUACCGCCAAGGCCAAGUCCAUGUACGCCUUCACUCUCAACCGGGAAGCCAUCAUCACCCCGCCGGACGGAAGCACCCUUACGCCAUUCUACAAAGCCUCGCCCAAAAAACGCACCUUCGACCAAGCCGAGUUCUCCCGCUUCUCCAGCGGCCACCACGGGCACGACAACGACCACCGCCGGCGCAAGCACCACCGGCGCGACCGGGACCGCGAGCGCUCCCCGCCCCCGGGGCCGGACCGCUGUUUCUUCUGCCUGUCCAACCCCAACCUGCCCACGCACAUGGUCUGCAGCGUCGGCGAGGACACGUACCUUGCUACUGCCAAGGGCCCGCUCCCCGCCGCCGACACCUUCCAGGCGCGGGGCAGCGGCAACGGCGGCGGUGGCGGCCUGGACUUCCCGGGCCACUUCAUCAUCACGCCGCUCACCCACGCCGCGUCGAUCAGCGCCGCCGCAAUGGGCGAUGAGGAAGCGGGCAAGACGUUCGCCGAGAUGACGCGGUUCCGCAACGCCCUCCAGGGCAUGGUCGCCGGCGCGUCGAAGCGCAGGCUGGGCGCGGUCACGUGGGAGAUCAACCGCGCGCGGAACAUCCACGUGCAUUGGCAGUUCCUGCCCGUGCCUACGGAUAUGGUGAGUAAGGGGCUGGUGGAGGCGGGGUUCAGGGUCCUGGCGGAGGAUAUGAAGCUGGGCAAGUUUGCCGUUAAGGAGUUUGAGACGGCUGAUAAGGUGCCGGGGGAUUAUUUCCGGGUUUGGAUCUGGGCGGAGCAGGAUGGGGAGGAUGGCGGCAAGGUGGUGGGCAAGAGCCUGCUGCUGCCGUUCGACGAGAGCGUGCGGUUUGACCUGCAGUAUCCGCGCAAGGUGAUGGCCAAGCUGCUUGGGCUGGAGGAUCGGACGUAUUGGCAGGAUGUUGUGCAGUCGGAGCAGGAGGAGACGGCCGAUGUGGCGGCUUUCAGGAAGGCGUUCAAGGAAUGGGACUUUACGCUGGCUGGCUAA